AUGUCCGCGUGCGCGCUCGUUCUCACGAUUGCCCUGUCGGUGAUCGUGCGCGCGAGCGCCGCCCCGCUCACCGCGAUCGGGGAGGGAAUGCGCGCCCCCGGAGCGCGGCGCGUGGCGUUUUCCAACGGCGCGCCCGCGGCUCGCGCAUCGUCGCUCGCGUACGUCGCGAGCGGCGACGUCUUGCGCUCGAUCGCGCUCGGCGCCGCGCCCGAGCUGAAUACGAUAGCGGACGUCUCCGAUGUCGGGCCGUGCGAGAGCGUGUUCGCGUACGAGAGCGGGAAGCGUGGGCUAGGAGACGACGCUCGGACGCGAUUGGCGGUGACGUGCGCGCGAGCGAACGCGUUCUUGAUCUACGCCGUGCGCGCAGACGGAAAGAGCGCGGAGCGAUUGUUUGCGUUGACCGGAGUUAACCGAAUCGCGCGACCGAGGGACGUUGUCGUGGUGAACGAUACGCUGGCGUUCGUGGCGAGCGGAACGCACGCGCGGGUGGUGGCGCUCAAGUUGGAUCCGAGCGAGAAGGCGGAGCCGAGUCUUUUGGCGUCGACGUUUCAGCUCAGCGGCGCAGACGCUUUGGAGUUAGGGCCGUCAUCGAGGCAGACUAUUAGAGUGCUCAGUGGGGGAGUUCGUAGGGUGACGACGUUGAAGUACACCCCGGCGGGAACGCUGCAGCUCGUCGGGAGCGUGAAGGACAGUCGGUUGCAGGGGACGAGCGGAUCGUGCGUGGGCGUCGGGAGCAGCGAGCGGACGUUCACCUACAUCGUCUCACCGGUAUACGGUGGGACGUUCGCAAUAUUCAACAGCACACAGUACGGGGCACCAGAGUAUUUGAGUGGGAUUCACGCCGAUGGGAAGAAUUUGGGAUUCGCCGAGUCGCCGGGAAUCUAUGAGGAGUUGCGAGACGCUAAAGACGUGAGCGUGCACGAGAACGACGCGUAUAUCAGCGCGAAGUCCAUCGGUGCCAUCCUCGUCGUCGACAUCACCAACCCGAGCGAGCCGGUGAUGCGCGAAAAGCUCCAAUCCGCAAGCCUCGUGGGCGUCGACCGCAUCGUUGUCUCGCCAAACGGCGCCUUCGUCGUCGCCGUCGUCAACGCCACCUCCGACGACGGCGCUUCCGUGGUCAUCGCCACCUCCGACGACGCCGUCAUAGAUAAAAUCCCCAAGAGACGUAAAUUGUUCCAACUCUAG